AAUAACCUGAUUGUGUGUAACUGUACUCGACUUCUUUCCAGUGGAAGUCGUUACUAUGAGGAGGAGGAUGAUUAUGAAACUGCGCCUGGCCCUCCCUUCGGUAUCCCGGAUCCUCGUGGUGAACGAAUGUUCGAUGCACGACCCCUGCCGUCCCGUCCAGACAGGCCUCUGCUCAGUUUGGCCCCGCUUCCGGAAAACUCCCCAUACAGCGAGGGUGAGGGGGAGGAGUCAUGGAGAGCCCCGCCCCCUUUCCCAAUGUUUCCUGACAGACGGGAAGGAGUCUAUGAGCGGAGAUACGAGUCCUACGGGAGUCUGAGUUCAGAAGAGUGUGGCAUAAUCCACGGCUGUGAGAAUGGCCGCUGCAUCCGUGUGGAGGAAGGUUACACGUGCGACUGUUACGACGGCUAUCAGCUGGACAUCACUAGCAUGACGUGCAUAGAUGUGGACGAGUGUGACGAUGAAGACACGCUCGACUGCGUGAACGCUCGCUGCGUGAACACGGAGGGCUCGUACAGGUGCGUGUGUCUCAGGGGCUUCAUUAUGUCCCGAAGACCCAACCACUGCAUCCCGGCUUGAGCGAGGACUGCAUUUAGAGACUUACUAAUUAUUAUUCCCUGUUUCCACCACGUUGCUGUAAAUUGUUGAUUUUAUGACAAUACUUGUGUGUAUAUCCAAAAGUCUAAUAGUGAAGCUUUACACACGAGGCUCAAUACAAUACUGUAACACUGCAAGCCUUCAUGUAUAAUGCAUUAUAAAGGUAUUUGCAAUGCAUGUUGUAAUGCAUUAUAUCUUUACAUAAAUAAUUGUAACCAAAGUUAAAAUGCAUUCUAAUAUUUGAAGGGUUGUUUUUCAUGCAUUAUACUUUUUAAAGGUGUGUUCAGUGAAUAGCUGCAUUAUAAUGUAUUUUAACGGGAUGCAUUACGAAGUGCAUUAAUUAAUGCAUUAAAAAUGUUA